GCAAGUUGGCCGUAUUAAGAACACGCGCGCCGCCGCUUUUCCGGCAACUUUCCGACACUAACUUUAAACAAAAGUGAAGUGAACAUUUCGUUAAAUAUUUUUGAUUGUGUUUAAUAUUUAUAUUCAGUUCCUGCAAAAUCAACUCUUAAUCGAACGAUUUCAACCAGUCUUCACGACUGGGUCAUGCCAGCGGGCUUUCACCUACACCGUUAAAACACCGGUCAAGAUUCCCAAGUCUCGCCAGAAAGCGCCGAGAUGCAACCGAAAACGAAGAGAUAAGAAAUAUAAGAAGGACGAGAGCCCAACGAUGUUCUCAUUGUCGGAGGGGUGCGGGUGCGUGAGCUUCCGCGGGGGGAGGAGGAACCGGUCCCUCGGGGACGACUCGUCCUCCUGCCGCAGCUCAGAGAUUGAACAAGAAGUUCCUAAGAAGUUGGGACGGAGGCUCCUCGACGGACAAUGCAACGUGAGAGCUCUUGUGCCUUUCUUGAAGUUCUGGAAAAGGGAUGACGUCAGUAUGACGAAGGCUGAAAGAACCAUGAAAGCGGCCAUUUUAAUCCAGCAGUGGUACCGGCGGUACCUGGCGCGGAUGGAGGUACGGAGACGGUACACAUGGACCAUAUUUCAAAGCAUCGAGUACGCAGGAGAGCAGGAUCAAGUCAAACUGUACAACUUCUUCAACGCGCUACUGAGCCACAUGCGGGACAGCAGCGGCCGGGUGUCGUCGGAGCGUACGUCGCGGACUGCUUCUGUGUUGGAGCAAGUAUUCUCGGAGGAGUCCGACGAGGGCGGGGGUGUGGACGAGACGGCGCCGCCGAAGCUGUCUCGCGGGCCCGACCUCGAGUUCCCGCUGCAGCGGAAGGAUAUCGACCUACUGAUUGAGGCUUUUAGGAAAAAAAAGAAUCGAUUUGAAAUAUACUCGACAUUCCAGCACCGUCUACAUGCGAAGCACGUGGCACUGAUUCUGAAAGAGGCCACCCAAGUACUGAAACGACUGCCGAACAUCAACGUGGCCACCACCUCCAUCUCAAGCCAGAUUACUGUCUGCGGGGACCUGCACGGGAAACUCGAUGACUUGCUCGUCAUAUUUCACAAGAAUGGAUUACCUUCGCCGGAGAAUCCUUACAUAUUCAACGGGGACUUUGUAGACCGAGGAAAGAAGGGCUUGGAGGUGUUUCUGUUGCUGCUGGCCUGCAUGCUGGCGUUUCCUGGAGGGGUGUACCUCAACCGCGGCAACCACGAAGACUUGAUUAUGAACCAAAGGUAUGGUUUUAUAAAAGAGGUGCAUCAGAAAUAUCGGCACAACGCUGAGCGCCUACUGAAGCUGAUAGAGGGCGUGUACCGCUGGCUGCCGCUAGGCACCAUCAUCAACAACCGCGUGUUCGUGGUGCAUGGCGGUAUUUCUGACACCACUGACCUGGACAUGAUCCGCAGCUUGGAGAGAGACAAAUAUGUGUCGCUGCUGCGACCACCGGUCACGGAAAAUUGCGCACCAGGCUCCGAGGUCAUUGACAAGGUGGAGUGGAAACAGGUAUUCGACAUCCUCUGGUCAGACCCCCAGACCGUGGGCGGCUGCGUGGCGAACGCGCUGCGCGGCGCGGGCACGUACUUCGGCCCUGACGUGACCACGUCGUUUCUGCAGAGGAACAAGCUCAGCUUCCUGAUACGCAGCCACGAGUGCAAGCCGGGCGGGUACGAGUUAUUGCAUAACGGAAACGUCAUCACAAUCUUCUCCGCAUCCAACUACUACGAGCUGGGCUCGAACAAGGGCGCAUAUUUGAAGCUAUGCGGCAAUUCGCUCGAGCGACAGUUCGUGCAGUACACGGCGGCAGUGUCGCGCACGAGACGGCUCACGUUCCGGCAACGUGUCGGCCUCGUCGAGUCCUCGGCGAUGCGCGAGCUGCACAACCUCAUCAUGUCCGCGCGGAGGCCGCUCGAGGCCUAUUUCCGCAGUAUGGACGUGGAGCAGAGCGGAUACAUACCCAUCAGCGAUUGGUGCGCGGCCAUGGAAGAAACCACGCACCUCGGGCUGCCGUGGCGCAUGCUCAAGGACAAACUCGUGCGCACGGAUCCCGACACGCGCAGGGUGCGCUACAUGGAUACCUUUGAGUUCACUGCUAAUAAACUGGCACGUAAAGCAGACACGCAGACUGUCGUGGACACUCUUUACAGAAACAAGACAAGUUUAGAAGCUAUUUUUAAAAUCUUAGACAAGGAUAACUCAGGCUACAUAACUCUUGAGGAGUUCUCGGAGGCGUGUCAGCUCCUUGGUAAAUACAUGCCGAACCCGAUGACGCAAGAGCAGCUGGUCGAUAUCUGCCGCUUAAUGGACAUUAACAAAGAUGGGCUCGUCGACCUUAACGAGUUCCUUGAAAGCUUUCGGCUCGCCGAGAAGAACCUCGAGGGCGACGACGAGGAAGACACUUGACAACAGCCCGGCCGCCGCCCCUGCCGGACGGCGGUCGAUCGCGACGAAACCGGCGUCACCAUUGAGGUACUCAAACUCAACGAAGACACUAAAAUCAACGAGAAACCUAACAAAAAUGGACUGGCCCAUCCCUUGGGCGAGAGCGUUCCCAGCGUAUCCCAACUGAUCGAAGAGAUAGAGUUGAUAGAUUGUGACGAGACGCCGCGCCGGCCUGGCCUGCUCGAGAGCGACAUGUAACGCCGCUGUAUCAAACCCAGACCCUUUAAGGGAAGCAUUUACUUGCGAUUUUAAACAUCCGUUUUUUCCUGCUAAAAGCAAGUGGAAGUGACAAGCUUUAUAAAGCGGUGAUAAACUCCACUGUGCUGCACGUUUGUGGAUAUUCUCUAUUUUGAUAUUAAUGUCAGUUGUAUGCAUUUCUGUUGCAAAGUUUUGCUUAGAUGUUUAUAAGAUGAGAAUAUUUUAUAUACGUGUGCGCUGUUACAUUAAAUUGAAGCUUUAUCCGUGAUAAACUUUUGUAAAUCUAUUUCUACUCGUCUAAGUUGUAUUGUAAGCACGACAGCGUUUGUCGUUAGCAUAUUUUUUCGUCUCUAUAAAUGACGUGGCACUUGACUAUGGAUAUUUGAAAGGACCUUUAUAUCGUCGAUGACCGCUGGCGUGCUGGAUCUUUGUCCUAAACGAAUUAUUAGUAAUUUCGAUCAAUACUCUUUAUCAUAAAUACUAGUGUUAAAAUAUCAAUCUGAUACACAAAACCUACCGUGAAACAGUCCAUUUUUAUAUAGUCUCAAUUUGCCCAUUGAGAUAUCAUGGAAAAAUAUUCCUAGAUAUACGGGAUAAAACUAUAAACCGAAAUAAAUGUCAUAUAUAAAGGAAAAAAUUGCCAAAGCCCCCAGUGUCCAGAGCUGGAAUCGAACCAAAACUGAUAAAAUGGUCAGUUCGAUUAUAUUAUUUAUGUCGUUCGUGGUUUGAGUUCCUACUAUUUACUAACGAUUCAUACAGUCCCAUAUUACGAGUAGUAUUCUCUCGGCGAAAUUUGACCUCUAGCGAAAAGUGGUCAGUUUCACGUUAUGUAUAUUCCUCAAUUGUUCUUCCUUACCUAAAAAAAAAUCAAUACUGAACAUUGUGCUUUCAAAAUUUCACUAUUAGUAAAAAAUCGUAUAAGACAUUAGACCAAUUCAAUACUUUAACUUUAACAUGAUGAAAAUUAACUUAAUUUGUAAAUAACUUUUCUGGUUUUAACAUUUUGUUUCAUGAAUCGGUGCCAAUUAUUGAGCAAAUUAGGUAUAUUGUAUUCGUACGUUCAGUAUCAAAAACACAAAUAAUUGAUAAAUUUAAAACUAACGAAUGGGAACAAUGUCAUUAAAUCCUUUACUCAAUUUUAACGAUAAUUUGUAUUUGUAUUUUUAUAGGACCUACUGUAAUAAUAAUAAAUUGUAUUUAUUCACAAAAACUGCACCGGAAAUAUUUUUCCAAUUUUAACUAUGUACCUACCUAUUAGCCAAUAUAAACCGGUGCAGUUCCAAUGAUGCUGUAGAAAUAAUAUUUACUUAGGUAAUAAUAUUUACUUGAAAUUUACUUAUUAACAAUAAACAAUUUAUAAACAAUUUUAUUAUAAGGUAUCUAUUUAUGAAGAUAAACAUUUUUGGCGUGUCUAGUAAGAGUAUAUAGUACAUUUUCAUAUACAUAUCUCUAUAUUCAAUUAUUAAGCAUUCCAAUGCAGUAGGGUACCAGACAUCCGCGUCGCAAUUUUAAAUAGGCUAUUUUAGCCAAGGGCAAGUAAUUAUGCAUUUCGGGGACUUUUGUCUGUAGCCUGAACUGUUGACCCUAUUUGUGUACUUUCUCUAUUAUUGUUUUUAAAAUACUCUUUACAGUAUAUAUACUUUACCGCACUAGUGCGAUAAUUACCACAUUACGUAACUAUGUCGAAAAUUUAAAGGGCCAUAUGCUGUAAAACGUUGUACGAUACAUGUGCGAAUAGGUAAUUCGCAACUCGUGUCGAUUUAAAACACUACCGAAGGGAGUAUUUGUCGCCACUCGUUGCGAAUUUCCUAUUUUUCGCACUUGUAUCGAAAUGUACUAUUAUUAUCUCUAUUCUAAUGUAAGUAGAUAAUCGUACAAUAACUGUAAUCCGCUACUUGUACUAUUUUAAAUCAUUCUUCUUCAACCAUUAUUCUUGCAUUACGGGAUUGUAGCCAAUAUGCCGAUUUCUUCAUAAUUGUCCAUUAAAAUGUGAUAUUGCAAAUGAAAA